AAUGAACAGUUUAAAUAAAUAAUAAUUUCAGAUGAGAAGAUCCGUAUAUUCCGUCAUCGCUCUGGUUCUCGCAAUGGGUGUUGCCACCACCCUGGCUGGAGGAUAUGGAUCCUCAGGAUACUCAUCCUACGGUGGCGGAUAUGGACUGUACGGAGGAGGAGCUUACUCUUCAGGAUACGGAUCUUACGGAGGUGGAUAUGGAUCUGGAUAUGGAAGCUACGGAAGUGGAUAUGGUGGACAUGGUUCCGGAUACGGAAAGUCUGGAAAGCACCACUCAAGCACUGCUGUGUACAUUCCAUAUGCCGUUCCCGUCCCAGUCCAGCAACCAGUCGCCCCUCCCCCUGCCAUUAACCCUCUUUUGUUAGCUGGUAUGAGUAACAACAACCAAAAUGACGGAAUCUUAGGCAGUGGAGCCGGUCUUCUCGCUUUGUUGUUCCUCAUCCCUCUGUUGUUCAAUAACAACAACACUACUGGUUAAUUAACUGAUGGAUAACUUAAAGGAUAGCUAAAAUACGAACUUUGUUGACUGUACAUAAGUUAUAAGUAAAAGAGCACACCCUGUCUGGUCACUUACCCCUGUCAAUCACGGUCCCUUCCUGUCAGGUGAUGAGGAUUGUC